AUGGUGUUUAACCAAUUAUCGAAGAUGGUCCAAUUGCAGUGGCAGCACUUGCGCAACGCACUUGACGCCAAAGGUCACGAACAUCGCAUGCACCAGCGUUUGGAAAAGAAGCAGGCUAAGCAAAAGCGCAAAGCGACACGGCGAGCCAUGCGAGAGGCCCGCCGUGCGAAGCGCAAGGAGCGUCACAAGCUGCUCUCUCCGACUAUCAUUGACGAGCAUGCGAAUGACGUUUUUUCAUCAUCAUCUGAUCAUGGCAUUGAAUCGAAUAGUACACCUGAGACGUGCAGUAAGGACUCAGCGCACUUUGCUGAAGCCCUUCUGGCAGACGAUGGUGCUGUUUUCAUUAUGAAUGACACAACUGGGGGACAACCGGACAGAUUGCAAUCAAAUAUCGGAGUAAGCACUUUCUCUAAAGAGACGGUGGAGUCAAAAGUAACGGUCUAUGCAGUCGCUACCGUGCCUAAAAUUCCUAUUGAGAUUACACUUGAAGUGAAGCCACAGCUGGAUCAAAAGCAAUGCAAUUUUUACGAUUCCCUGGGCGGCUACAGUACUGUGGAUGAGGAAGAAGAUGAGCUACGUGAGUUGCGGACACGCAGCCAUCGAGAGAGUGAUGCCGAGCUUGACGUCCACAACGGAAGUGCAACUGUCUUACCUACUGCAAAGAAGGAUUUACAUCCUAGCAUACAUGAAAAGCAACCCGGAGACAAUAUUGUUGGAUCGGGUUCGUCCCCAGUAACAGCAGAGUCAUCUUUGGAAAUGUUCAGUACUAGGUCGCUAAAAAGCUUGUUUGAGACCGAGCACAUAGACGAAUUAAUCAAUUUGGAACUCAUCGACGAGUAUAGAACAUUCGAUAAGGAAACCUCGCGCAGUUUUUCCGUCGCCGACAACGAAUACGAUGGGCUUCGUGCACUUUCAAGUAAAAUUUCUGUUGCGAUGAAUCAAAGCAGUGACGUUGGGACGAUCAGUGAUUUAAAUCGAAGGGCCACGCCCUCAUCGAAAAUGCAAGAGCUUGAAGUGAGUUUUGACAGUAGAGUAGAGACUGUCCCCAACACAAACGAGUUUCUCAACGUUAAUUUGAGUGCUGAGUACUCAAAAUCUUCAUUUGCCAUGGUAAAAAAUGGCCUUAUACAGGCAUCAACCACGCUACCUCGACUUUUGAGCAAAGAGGUGUAUGGUGCAAUUGAGCCACCUCGUCAGCACUUAAAUGGAAAUAUCUUCAAUGUCAAGACGGAAAGCGAGCCGAGUGUCUCUGAGGCCGUGGUAAAGAUGACAGAGAAGAAUGCUUCGCAGCCCGUCGCGUUUUUAGAAAAGGAGAUGAUUGCUGGCGAUUUUGGAAUGCCAGAUAAAGCGAUACACGAGUACGCCAGUUCUAUCUAUGAAAGCCUUUGCGCUCGUGAACAUCGAUACCACGUCACUGAAAACAUUUUCGCCAAGCAACAAAGCGUGCGGCCCAAAAUGCGCGCAGUACUUGUGGAUUGGCUCGUCGAAGUCCAUCAGCGAUUUGAACUCGAGACGCAGACACUUUUUCUUACGGUUAAUUACAUUGACCGAUAUCUGGCUCAAAUUUCAGUACAAUCACAGCGUUUUCAGCUUGUUGGAGUUGCAGCUCUACUGAUCGCAUCCAAGUUCGAGGAAAUUUAUCCGUGCGAUAUGGAUGAUCUACUGUAUAUCUGCGAGCGGUCUUAUGCCAAGGAUGACCUGGUUGAUUGUGAGAGGAGCCUGCUGAACGUAUUAAAUUUUAAUUUGGCAGUACCAAGUGUAAGCAGUUUUCUUGGCUACUAUUUAUCGUACUUUGAUGAGGAAGACGAGCUCAUCGGUCAGCUGGCUAGCUACUUCGCUGAGCGUUCGUUGAUGGACUUUACCUUUGGAGCCACAUACGAACCUUCCAUUAUUGCUAGUUCGUGUUUGCUAGUAGCCCACUGCUACGCCAAGGGUCAGGCACCUAGCCUUGUUUGGAGUUCUCGCCUCGAAGAUCUCACUGGCUACGCAGCCGAGUCAAUCACCCCGUGCACGCGAGAUUUGUGGUUGAUUUUGACUCAACCUUGCGAACUUGUGGCUGUUGCGACAAAAUACAGCACUAAAGAGUUUGGCGAGGUCGCUCAUUUGCCCCUGGAAAAUCUCAAAGCGGUGUUUGACUGA